ACACGUGACGUUCGUCAUUAUCAUCAUCCUUUUCGUUGGUGAAAUUCCUACAAUACAUUCAUUAGUGAGAACUUGGGGUGAUCUAAUAUCAAUGAUAGAUAAUCUACAGUUUUCUCUACCGUUAACAAUAGCCAUAAUAAAACUCAUCGAUAUAUGGUGGAAGAAAACAGAUCUUCUAAUGGCCAUAAAUAUGAUUGCUGAAGACUGGAUAAAGGAGAAAACCAAUAAAGAACGGUGCAUUAUGAUAAAGCAAGCACAAAACGCCAGAAUUAUCACAAUAGUCGGUUGUUGCUUUAUGUUCUUAGGCAUCUUUUUAGUCUUAGUUUUACCCUGUUUUGGAACGACUGUAAGAUAUAUUACAAAUGUCACGGAUCCAGUUAAAAUCUUACCUUUACAAACUCAUUAUAUUUAUGACAAAAAUCAAAGUCCAUAUUUCGAACUCACGUACGCCGCGCAAGUCGUUCUACUCAUAGUGUCUGCUGCAUCUUACAGCGGCAUAGAUAAUUUACUUGGAUUAUUGAUAUUUCAUUUGUGUGGUCAAAUGGAGAAUCUCAAAGAACGAAUAACCAAUAUAAAACAAUUUAAGAAUUUUAAUGGUGAUCUUGCUGUCAUCGUCGAAGAUCAUAUACGAUUAAUCAAAUUUUUUGAUAUUGUCGAAAGUACAUUUACUAUAUUAUUACUUGGUUUAUUACUAUAUUUUGGUACAUUAUUUUGUCUAUACGGAUUUUUAAUUGUUGCAAUACUAACAGAAGGAAAAGAAAUGUCAUUAUUCCGUUUGAUAUAUCUUAUAUCUGUAGUGUUAAACGUUUGCGGUCACAUGUGUCUAUAUUGCGUAGUAGGAGAAAUUUUAGUAGCCCAAUGUGAAGGAAUAUAUCGUGCAGCAUAUAAUUACGAAUGGUAUAAGCUGAAUCCUGAAGAAGCGAGAUCUUUGAUUAUAAUAAUGAUUCGAGCCAACAAAACUCUCCAUAUUACUGCUGGUAAAAUGUUUCCUAUGACACUAUCGAUGUUUUGCAAUUUAAUAAAAACAUCGGCCGGAUAUGUAUCUGUUCUACUUGCAAGACAAGGUUAAUAAAAUUCAUUUCCAAAUCUUGCCUAAGUGUUUCAUACAUUUUGUUUACGUAUUAUAUGCAUUUAGUAAAACAUUUAUUUAAAACAAGUGCAAAAAAUAGUAUAUUAUGCAAAUAAUAUAGAUUUUGCAUUUGUUUUAAAUAUAUGUUUUAUAUACAUAUAUAUAUAUUGUAUAUACACAUAACUUAUAGCAAAUCUAAUUUAUUUAAAUAAAGACGUUUUAACAACUUUACAAAUCAUUGUUUUUAAAAAUAGUAAAACCAUAUUAUAUAGACUAAUAAAUUAUAAAUAACGCACGUUUGCGAUGUAUACCACCAGUAAUGCUUCUUCACAUUCAUUUAUCAAUACAGAAUAAAAAAAUAUUAUGCUUAUAAAAAAUUACCGCUUGUAAUAUAAAACCUAGUAAUUAUUUACAUUUACAAGUUUGGAGACUCUACAUAUAAGAUAGGAUGCGUUUACUAUUCACGCUAGUUAAAUUAAAUUAAUAAAUUAGAUAUCAGUAUACGACAAAGUACACAUUAAAUAUUACCAAGUAAUUUUACAAAAAAAAAAAUUACCUAAAGAUAUCAAUUAAAUGUAAGGAAAUAGUUUGAAAUGUCUGUCAUUAAUAAAAACUGACUAUUAAAAAU